AUGAAGUAUGGAAAGUACAUUAAGAAUAAUAUGCUCGAUGAAUGGGGCGUACAUUAUGUGGAUUAUAAAGAAUUGAAGCGUAUUCUGAUGGAUCUGUGUGAUGAGAAGACACCGGCAACACCAUCACAGCGCACUGAUAGGAAUUCAACCUUCCUUCGUUCACUCUGGAAGCAAUUCCAAAAGAUAGACAAGUUCGUCACUGAGACCGAACGUGAGAUAUCAUCAAAGAUACAAUAUCUGGAACAAACAUCAGAUGCAACAGCUAUAGUAUUCACAAUGAAGGAGUUGGACAGAUUGAUAUCAUUUGUUGAACUGAAUCAAGAAGGUAUUAGAAAGAUACUAAAGAAAUAUGAUAAGAAGGCCACUACAACCAUUGGCUACGAGUACUUUACAAACAUGGUCAAGCCACACUUCCAAUCAAAGCUCUCAAUGUUGGUCCAUUACAACAAAUGUCUAUUGAAAACAUAUUCAUCACAGUUUGGAGAUCCAGCUGAUAUAUCAAACUCUGGCGAUCAAUCAGAGAGUGUAUUCUCGCUGGCGUUUGAUCAA